AUGGUCGCCAUCGCCACGCCGGCCGCCGCCCCGCCCCUGUCGGGGAUCGUGAAAGCGGUCCCGUCCGCGGACACGCUCGUGCUGAUGAACCCAGCCCCGCCGACGACGGGCCCUCCGCCGGAGAUGCGCGUCACGCUAUCGAGCCUCAAGGCCCCGCUGCUGUCGCGCGACGGCCAGUCGGACGAGCCGUUCGCGUGGCACGCGCGCGAGUGGCUGCGCGCCCGCCUCAUCAACACCCGCGUCUCGUUCCGCAUCGACUACCGCCUUCCGGCCAUCCACCGCGUCUUCGCCACCGUCACCCCUGCCGCCGCAGACACUUCGCUCAACCUGCAGGCCGUCGAGCAGGGCAUGGCCCGCGUCAGGAGGCCUAACAACGACGCCGAGGACCGAUCCCCCGAGUUUGACCAGCUCUGCGCCGCGGAGGAGAAGGCCCUCGCCGCGAGGAAAGGCCUGCACGCUGGAGGCGACGCCCCGAAGUCGAGGAACCUGCCAAACCCUUCGGAUACCGUUCUUGAAGCCCAAGAUUUUGUUAAUGCAUGCAAAGGCAAACUUAUCAAAGGCAUUGUCGACUACAUCAUCAAUGGUUCUGCAGUCAAGGUCCUUCUCACAGGUGUGCCUCACGCAUCCGUAGACUCUCUAGGAGAUCGUCUCGUCACCCUCUGCCUCUCAGGUGUCCAAUGCCCAGGCUUUCGCAGAUCAGAUGGUGCAGAUCCUGCCACCCCACCACAACCGAUGCCCUUCGCUGUCAAUGCAAAAUUCCUCACCGAACUACGUCUCCUCCACCGCGACGUUAAUGUCACCAUCGACGGAGUCGAUCGCAAUGGUAUGCUCUUUGCCACUAUUGAGGAUCCCAAAGCCUCUAUGCACAUUGGUGAGGAGCUUCUCAAGUCCGGCUUUGCAAAGACCGUCAGUUGGAGCAUCGACCUCUCAGCUCGAGCCCCCGCCCUCCGCGCCGCUGAGCGAUCCGCCAGGGAUCGACAAAUGGGCGUCUGGAAGGGCUUCAAGCCUCCUACUUCCAACCCCGAACUCUUUACCGGCAAGUGUGUCGAGGUCGUUAGCGGUGAUAUGAUCGCUGUCCUCGAUGACACCUCUGGCACCGUCCGCAGGAUUUCCUUCGCCUCAGUGAGAGCCAACCGACCUGACCGUGCUACACGUGAUCGUGCCUUCAUGCCUAUUGGCCCCGUCGCAGACGCCAAGGAAGCUCUGCGAAAGAAACUCAUCGGCAGGCGUGUUCGCGUCAAAGUUGAGUAUACCAGAGCACCAUCCGAGGAUUCAGUCCGCAAGGAUACCAUGGCAUUUGCAACCGUUGGUCGCGAAGGUGACAAGAAGAAUCCCGACGUCGCACUCCAACUCAUUUCCGCUGGUCUUCUUGGCGUCAUGCGUCAUCGCGGUGAUGAAGGACGAGCUGCCAACUAUGAAGAAUACCUAGAGCGCGAAAAGGCCGCAAGGGACGCCAAGAAAGGUAUCCACGGCGAUGUCCAAUCUACUACCAGGAGGAUAAAUAACCUUACUGGUCCAGAUGCCAAGAAACGAUCCCGUGACGUUCUCUCUGGCCUACAGCGCAAUGGGCCAUACAAGGCCAUCGUCGAAUAUGUUUCGUCUGCCUCUCGAUACCGCUUGUACUUGCCCACAGAAGCUAUGCUUAUCACUUUAGCACUCCGCGCAGUCCGGUGUCCCCAAUCAUCGCGCAAGGUGUAUGCACCGGAUGGUUCGCUUCGUGAAGAAACACCAGGAGAGCCUCAUGGUGAUGAAGCUGCUGAUUUUGCAAGGGAACACCUCAUGCAACGCGACGUCGAGGUAUCAGUCUACAAUGUUGAUCGUAUUGGCGCCUUCCUUGGUAACAUACAGGUUGUCAGUCCGUCGGGUGAGAAGACCGAUGUAUCCGCUAUGCUUCUAGAAGAAGGACACGGAUACUUGCAUGAGUCGUUUGACCCGUCCAGAGAUCCCUCUGGCUCUCGCUAUGUCUCAGUUGAGAAGACCGCCAAGGACGCCAAAAAGGGAGCUUGGUCCGAUUACGUUGAACCAGUCGUUGCGGAUAAAUCCGCUCCCCAGUCAUCCGAUGCCCCACGGAAAACAUAUUCAGGCCAAGUCUGUGAGAUUGGUUUCGGUGGCCGGAUAUUUGUGCAAAACAGCGACACUACCAAGGCAGCCUUGGCCUCUGUCGAAUCGGGUCUCGCGAGCUUGUCUUUGGAUGCAGCACCAGCGAGUCCGGUUACUGGUUUGCGCCCUGGAACGGUUGUCGCGGGCAAGUUUAGUGCAGACAAUCGUUGGUAUCGUGGCAAAGUCUUAUACGUCAAUAAGAACGGCGAAGUCGACGUGCGGUUCAUUGACUACGGCAACGAGGAAAAGUUAACUGCCAAGAGUAUUCGACGAUUCGGAGUUGCUGUAGGCUUUAUUAGCGCCGCCCCGAUCGCCGUCGAGGUUGUCCUGCAGCACAUUGUGAUUCCUGGUGCUGAGGAUCCGUGUGGAGUAGCAGCUGGUGAGUAUCUGAAAGACCUGGUGUUUGAUAAGGACAUCACUGUCUCUAUAGCCACGACAGAGGGGCCCGGGAAAGUCAUCGGGGACAUCUUGAUCCCUGUUGCGGGAAGUUCGGACUCGGCUGCAAAGCCAACGAGUGUGAUUGAAGAAAUGCUCAAGUCUGGUCUUGCCCGAAUUGUUCGCAAGACGGACCGUGCGUCGAAGGCAGCUUUCAAGAAGCUUCGUCCGUUUGAGGAAAUCGGGAUCGCUACGAGGCAGUACCUGUGGAAUUAUGGAGAGGCAUUUGAAUCCGACUGUGACGAAGAACAAUAA